AUGUCAGGUAUGUGCCACAUUGCAGCAGCAUUUUACGCCGGUUUCGAUAGACACAUUACCAUUUUCUCUCCGCAAGGAAGAUUAUACCAGGUUGAGUAUGCUUUCAAAGCCAUCAAUUCAGCAAGUAUCACAUCCAUUGGUGUCGUGGGCGAGGACUCUGCCGUGUUGAUAUCACAGAAAAAGGUUUCUGAUAAGCUUUUAGAUGCUUCCACGGUCUCAUACUUGUUCCAGAUCACUCCAUCCAUUGGUAUGUUGGCCACCGGGUCGAUCGCCGACGCCAGAAACUUGGCUUUGAGAGCCAGGGCUGAGGCUGCUGAAUUCAGAUACAAAUAUGGAUACGAGAUGCCUGUCCAGAGUAUUGCUAAGAGAAUGGCUAACAUGUCUCAAUUAUACACACAGAGAGCUUACAUGAGACCUCUUGGUGUCGCCUUGACAUUCUGUCAGGUUGAUUUUGAGGAUGAAGCAAGAGGCCCACAAAUUUUCAAGUGUGACCCUGCUGGAUACUAUACGGGAGUCAAGGCUGUGUCUACGGGCCCUAAGCAGCAGGAGGCCACGACGUACUUGGAAAAGAAGUUCAAGAAGAUUGACCACGUUAAAGGAGACUGGAAGGCUACCGUUGAGUUUGCAAUUACUGCCUUGAGUUCCGUGUUGGGUACGGAUUUCAGAAAGAAUGAUAUCGAGAUUGGUGUCGCUACCCAGGACAAGUUCCGUGUUUUGACCCCAGACGAGAUAGACGAGAGAUUGGUUGCCAUUGCAGAACUAGACUAG